AUGGCCGACAACCGCGUCCCAAUCAACUACCAAACCCCCAACUUCCCCUCGCUCUACUAUCCACUCCCCGGCCAUUUCAAGCACGCACACUACCUCUACUACACGACCGACAUCUGGCGCUUUACGCUCUACUGGACGCUGAUCUUUUACGCCGCAACGCAUCUCACCGUCGCCGCAUACGCGGUGCUGGUGCAUUGUCGCAAUUGGAACAUUAUCUGGAUCGUCCCCCUCGUUUAUAGUAUCGUUGCCGGCGUGGAGGGAUUGUUAGCGGGGAGUAUUGUGGGGCUUAUUAUUGGUGCCGUUUAUGAAGCGGGAAACUUUAGAAUGUCGACUUGGUUGCCCAUGAUUUGGGGCGGUGUCAACGUUUUGGUUCUCAUAUUGACCAGCUUCCCGAUGCAAGGCGGUCUUUGA